GGUCCGUAUUUUCCAUUUUAUAGUGUAAUCUCCACUGAAAAGUUACGCAAUUAGAUCACACACUACACAAGGACUCAUUGCUAGGUACUCAUUAUGUCCGUUUAACAAUGGACAAAACGAACGAAGAUGACACUACCACGGGUGAACAUUUGACUGUAGUCAGGAUUUCAGGAAUCGUGGAGAAUGGCGAUGUUACCGCGGCGAGGAAGCUGACUAUACAAGAUGCCAGGAUAACAUCAGCAGAUGACUUAUAUUCCAUGAAGUCACUUGAAAGUCUGUCCUUAGCAAGGAAUAAAUUGACGGAUUUUGAAUUUUUAUCGCAAAAUUACAGCCUAAAGGUGCUGGAUUUGUCUAGAAAUUGCAUACGACAGUUGCCAAGUAUGGAGAAUUUCACGAAUCUUACCUUACUAAACCUCUCUCAUAAUGAAAUAACGGACAUUUCACCGAUUACUGAUUUGAAAAACCUUAAGGUUCUCAUUCUCAACAACAACAAAAUCAAAAAUAUGUGUGCUCUCAACAAACUGGAAAUGUUAGAGACGCUUAUUCUCAGCCACAAUGAAAUCGAAUCGAUCAAAACACCUACUAAAACCAUGUGGAAUUUACGGAAAAUAACAUUGAGUCACAACAAAAUAAGAGAGUUCCCGGUUACUGACAAAUUGCCCAACCUUCAGGAGCUUAGGCUAAAUGCAAAUCGUAUACUAGCUUUGCCGCAAAAUAUCGGUUCGUUGACAUCUCUAAAGUUACUUGAUAUAGGUAACAAUAGGAUAGUAGAUAUGAAACCGCUAACUAAGUUUCUAAACUUGCAAAAUUUGAACGUAAUCGGCAACCCUGAACCGCAAAUAAUGCUGGAAGAUUUGAAACCGCCUUUGCAGUACCUCACUGUAUUCAAUUCCAUCAAUGUAAGUGACAAUGAUAGUGGUAAACCUAAGAAAAAGAAGUAUGUUAAAGAAGCCGAUUACGCGAAAAAGCGUAAACUCGAACGGCCACGUGAUAAUCGACAGAAAAGAAGAGAGAAAAAAAGCUUUACGCCCAAAGGGAUACAGCGGGAAUAAGACAACAUAUGACAACUAUGUCACGUGGAAUAUGAUC